UACUGGGUCAGUCAUUGGGAUCAACAUGGGGACUACAGGACUCCAAUGCGCAUUAGGGCUCAUAUACCUAAAGCUGCUGGUCGGCUCCCUCACUCAGACUGUUAACAUCAUUGAUUCUGCAAACAAGAUAAGCGUGGAUUCAGCUAAUGCAUCUCACAUCGACCGAGUCUGUUCGACAUGGGGACACUAUCACUUCAAGACCUUCGAUGGACAUUUCUUCCAAUUGGCCUCCACCUGUAACCAUGUCCUGGCCUCGCAGUGUGGGGACAACUUUGAAAAUUUCAACAUCCAGAUGAGGCGCAAGAUAGACGGCACAUCAGUCACCAUCAGCAACAUCAUCCUGAAGCUGGAGGGCACAGUGGUGGAGCUCUCUAAAAAGGCAGUGAUUGUCAAUGGCAAGAUAGUGUCUCUGCCGUUCGUCACGUUCGGGGUGACUGUGAAGGGAACCAUGUCUAGUAUCACUGUCGAAGCCAAGCUGGGAAUCAUGGCCAUCUGGAACUUGGAUGACUCCCUGGAUAUCGAGAUUGACGACAAAUACAAGAACCAGGUCUGUGGACUCUGUGGAAACUUUGACGGCUCAUCCAAUGAUCUUGAGAAGGAGGGAUCUAGUCAGUCUUUGGAAGACUUUGCUGAAACCUUCAAGGUGGAUGAACCAUCAGAGACGUGUGAGGAGCCUGAGCUGAGUGACGUGCAGAGCUGUGGAGAUAAGCGUUUUUGUAGCAAGGUGUUCUUUUCAUGA